AUUUCACCAAUGCUUUGGCAUUUGCAGCUUUGUCUGGUAGGCAGUUCCAUUGCUUUAUAACCCUAUGGAUGAAAAAACAUCUGUUUUUGUCCUACAUUGUGGCUUGUUGAGCUUGAAACUGUUGCUCCUUGUUUGUGACUCUUGGAACCUGGUGUGGUUCCCAUGGUUUGGUGCUCCCAUGUGGGUAGCCAGGGAAGCUACUGAGGGACCCACCAGAAAGAAGUGUUGCAUUAUAUUAACACUGGAUUUUUGUUUGUACAGUAGCUUUGUGGAAAGUUUAAUUAUGGAAACUAGUAAACUAACACCUACUAACAAGGAUGUGCUGCACAAGAGGGUAUCAUCAUUCCAGGGACUCUCAAAGAGUUUCAGAUUUCUAUCAUACAUCAGCCAACUAGGGGCACAGCUUAAUUCGUCAUCCAGUGUCACAACCCAUCCAAAUCCACAGGCCUGUGGUAUAUUUGAGACUGAUUACACAUACCAGAACCCACCAGCACCAGCAGUUUUAAGCGAGAUCCACAACCUGAUACAAACAGUUGUAGCCGAAAAGGAACUGUUGCUUGAAGAGCUACAGAAACUUGACCACCUGGCUGAAGAAAAGGCAGAGUGUGAGUGUCUAGAGGGAAAAAUAAACCAGUUAUCAAAGAAUAUAACAGAUGAUGAGAAAUUGUGCAACCAAAUGCCACAGUUGAAAUCCAGCAUCUUUAAAUUAAACAAACUUGAACACAAUAUUGACACAUACCAGAGAGGUGAGAUGCUUAUCCUAGAGCAGGAGGUACAAAAUCUGCAAGUUGCUCAGGAAAAGUGGCUCAACAUGACAAAUUUCAAUAUGGCUUCUCUACAGAGCAUUUUACAGGAGAGUCAAACAAAGGAGUUGCAGUUGAGACAUGAAUUGUGGACAGAUGAGGACAUGGGAAAGCUUUCAGAAUACAAAACUGGAAAAUCAGAAGUAUCCAUUGCUUCAUACACAAAAAGGAAUGAUGAUCAAGAAAAAGCUAGUAAUGGGCGUCUCAAGUUCAUGCAGGAAGCCUUAGAUGAUGCUAGCAGAACAGCAAGUGCAGCAGGUGAGCUCUGUCAAUUAUUAUCACAUGCUUCCUCUAGUCUUAAUUCAAAUAUUAGACAUGAAAAUGUCUAAUACUCUUUCACCCAAAUUUGUAUAAUUCUCAGGAGGCAUUAGCUGAAGAUACUCUAAUUUUGUAACACGGUGAUAUAAAAAUAUAUACAAAUUUAAAAUUAAAUGAAUCAUAUCAAGUUUUGUUCAAUUUAGGUUGGUAAUGAUCCUUGAAUGCAUUGGUUAAUACUCUGUAUGUAAAGUUAAUAUGGAUGUUGUUUCCACUACACAUUACUGAAAUACAUGAACAAUGUUCACUUUGUAAUUGUCAUUAUGUAAUAGUUUUACCCAAAAUACUCAUUUAAAUUAUUUCAGUACAUCAAGUAAUACAUUUAAAUUCUUAAUUUGUAAUUUUUUUAUUUAUUUAAUAGGGAGUAGUGCAUGUUAUUAUGAGUUUGAGCUCUACAAAAGAAUUAGUUUUUUCUAGAAUGCAUUACAUUUAGUUGGUAAUGAAAUACUGUACAUGGGUAAUGACAUUUAAUUUGUAGAUUUAAAUAAUUUUCUUUCAGUUCAUUUUUCCAAGGAAUUUUGGCAGUUCUUAUUGAAUAUGGAAACUUGUAAAAAUUGCUGGCUUAUAUUAGGCAAGUUCCAGAAGUUUUCCAAUAACUUUCCCACAUAGCUGUGUGUGUAUCUUUUGUGUGUGUAAUUAACACACACACACACACAUUUUUUAUUUUAUAUAUAUAUAUAUAUA